CCAAAUUGAAUCUCUUAAGGUUGGGUGAUAUUCAAUGGUUUAGCGCCAAAAUUGCAAACAACGAAAAGGAGCAGACCAAAAGUCCAAAAGUUUCAAGCUCUGUCGUGAACUGCCUACCCCCACCAUGUCCCAUUUUGAGGAUCUUCUCAAGAUUUACUACAAGCGUUUGUUCCCGUAUGAGCCCUACAUCAAAUGGUUGGGCGGAGUGGACCGAAACUACCUCUCCAAACGGGAAUUCUCUUUCACCCUACAAGACGAUAUCUAUCUCCGCUACCUAAGUUUCUCCACGGAACAGGAAUUCCGAACCGAGCUUAUCAAGCGGAAUCCGGUCAAGAUUGAUAUUGGUGCCGUAUUCACCUCGCCGCCUUCUCAAGCGCGAAAUGACUCCAAAUUCCAGCCGCAGGAGAAAGAAAUCGUGUUCGAUAUCGAUAUGACCGACUACGACGAUGUUCGAAGUUGCUGUUCCGGAGCCGAGAUCUGUCCCAAGUGCUGGAAAUUCAUGAUCUUGGCCGUCAAGAUCCUAGACCGAGCCCUCCGACGCGAUUUUGGCUUUCAAUACUUGCUUUGGGUGUAUUCCGGUCGUCGAGGUAUUCAUUGUUGGGUGUCAGACCCCGCUGCCCGAAAAUUGGGCCAAAGUGCUCGCAGUGCUGUAGCCGAAUAUCUCCAAUUGGUCACCGGGGGCGAUUCGAAGGCCAAGAAAGUCCAUUUGCCCGUUAAAGUUCAUCCGAGUAUCGAACGGGCGCUACAAAUUAUGAAGGGCGAAGAUAAGUCGGACAAAAUGAGACGCAAUUACUUCCAAGAGAUCUGUCUCGUUGACCAGGAUAUCAUGGGUACGACCGAAGAGGAGAACAAGGUCCUGGCCUUGAUUUCCAAGGCGGACAUCCGAGAAAGCGUCAAGCAAUCUUUCGCCAAAUGCAAGACGUCCAUUCAAAAGUGGGAUAAUUUGGUGGCCAUUACGAGGGGAUGCAACGAUUUAAAAACGGCCAAUGUCUCGUCGGAAAUCAUGCUACAAUACGCAUAUCCUCGGUUGGAUAUCAAUGUAUCGAAGGGAUUGAACCAUUUGCUCAAGUCGCCUUUUUGCGUCCACCCAAAGACCGGCCGAGUCUGUGUGCCCAUCAAUCCUGAAAAGAUUGACCAAUUCGACCCAUUCACUGUACCCACAUUGGAGCAAUUGACCGAAGAGAUCAAUCAGUUCGCUUUGGAGGAAGGGGAUCGCGUGAUCAAGAAAGAGUACAAGAAGACCUCUUUGCGGGAACCCAUUUCCCUCUUUGAAAAUUAUCUGUCGACACUGUCCCAAACCUGGAAAGGCAAGCUCAUCGCGGAAAGCGACAGCCAAGGCGACUUUUAGAUCAAUUCCCUCGUUUUAUACCAUUUUUUUGGGUUGUAAACCCGGUAAACCUUAAUCCGUUUCGUACUCAGGAUAAGCCUCAAUUAUUAAAAGAAGACGGACACUGAGGCUUAGCCACAUCCUUCACAUGAUUAUCCCGAACACAUGGCAGAUGACAUUUCAUUGAAAAAAAAGAGAGAGAUCUAUUGGCCGAGA